GCGCUUUCGAACCACAAAAGGCGGAGGACGCAACCCUUGCAGUCACAUGCCAAUGGGAAAAUGCACGACCCGGCGGACCUCACCGAUCGUCGACAGAACAUGACACAGUUCGGGUCCGGAUAAAUUUACGAACGCGGCCGAAUGCAGGUACAUUGACUUCCUUCUCCUUUUCCUUGCCCGACCAAGCACCAAGAUGUUGAAAUAGGGCCUUGUGCUUCAUUCUGGAAUUCUCUUUUACGCUCGCGGUUCCUCGAUCUUUAAACAACUCCUCUUGUGCGUAACUUUCGAACGAAGAACUUCACACAAAAGCGUCCCAUCGUAGAUUCCGUAUGCGAUGACGGAAUCUGCCAAAGGAGAAAAACCCCGUCUCACGGAGGAGGAGAAGAAGUCGAACCAUAUUGCUUCCGAACAGAAGCGCCGACAGGCCAUCCGGGAAGGCUUCGACAGGCUUGCUAGCCUGGUGCCUGGAAUGGAGGGUCAAGGUCGGAGUGAGAGCUUGGUGCUUAAUGCUGCCAUACAGCACAUGAAGGACGAAAUCGUGCAGUAUAAGCAGCUGUUGGCGCAGGCACAAGCCACCGGCAUCGACACAAAGGACAUCGAAAUUCCCGACCUUGAUCCGCCCGCCGAGGAUGGAAUGAAUGGAAUGGGCCACAACGGCAUGCCUUAGGUCCACCCCAGCGAUUCCGAAAUUUGUUUGGCGAGAGAGGAAGCAAUCACGACUUCUAAGACCUUCACGAAGAAUGACGCCACAAUGCAGAAGCCCCGAACUUACGUUGUUCGACCAUACACGCGACAGCACGCUUAAGGGAUAGUCAAUCAAGAGGGAAAUUUCGAGUAAGAGAGCGCCGAGCGUGACGCUAUAUCAAUCCCUUCGUUUGACUGCAUAAUGGGCGGGAAUGAGCUUCAGACCUGGGUUUUGAUAUCAAGCCACCAAGCUCCUUGGAGGACCACUUCUGUGCACGAAAUAAAUUGGAAAGCGCGCUGGAGCAUAAACAGGACACAUAAUACUAUCGUUCGACUAUGAGAGAUAGACCUAUGAGAGUUGUGUACCGAAAAAAAUCCAACUCAUUGAAUGCUCACUAUGUUCGAACGUCUUCAGUCGGCUAAACAAACGGUAGGGAGAAUGUAUUUGACAAUCGCUCAAAUAGCUUUGUUCGAGUUUGUCAAUGUUACGUCGCACACAGACAGCUCCACUAGAUGCAAUAGGACGAGGUCGAGAAUACUUAGAGAAACGCAUUUGACUUCUCACACUGCGGUCGGUGUCGGAUUCGUACUUCGCUC